UGCGCCGUCGGUCUGGGCCAUUAUUUUGUCCUCCUCAAGCUUCAAAUGAACAACAGGCUAAGCGCUCCUUGAAAUGAAUUAAAUAUUAAUUCACGGAGAGAGUAAUUUUUCCUCCCGUUCGCCGCCGCCGACAUACAUGGAGCCUCUCGGUCAGUAGCUGGUUUGUCUCGCCGGGCUGUGGAGUCCUCCGGCGGACUUGGAGGCCGAAAACAGUGCGCGGAGUGACAGCCCCGUUAAAGCCAGCAGAUUGGGUGUUUAUCUAGUUGGCUAGCCACCUAGCUAGCUUCCUAGACAGCAGCGAGGGGAGGAAAAACCACGAAAGGACAAUUUGAUAAACUUCGGGAAGACAACGCUGUGGCCGUCCCUGUCCCGUCCAGCCAGCAGAGGGGAUGGCACACCUUCGAGACAUGCAAAACCAGAACACCCGGCUGGACCCUGAGGAGUACUUCACCAAGCAGGAGCGCAUUGGGAAGGGUUCCUUCGGAGAGGUCUACAAAGGAAUCAACAACCGCACCAAGGAGGUGGUGGCGAUUAAAAUCAUAGACCUGGAGGAGGCAGAGGACGAGAUAGAAGACAUUCAGCAGGAGAUCACGGUGCUGAGCCAGUGUGACAGUCCUUUUGUUACCAAGUAUUAUGGAUCAUACCUGAAGGGGACCAAGCUGUGGAUUAUCAUGGAGUAUUUAGGUGGAGGAUCUGCUCUGGAUCUGCUCCGUCCAGGGCCCCUUGAAGAAACUUACAUUGCUACUAUACUGAGGGAAAUACUAAAAGGUCUGGAGUAUCUGCACUCUGAAAGGAAGAUUCACAGAGAUAUCAAAGCUGCCAACGUGCUGCUGUCAGAGCAGGGCGACGUGAAGCUGGCAGAUUUUGGGGUUGCGGGACAGCUGACAGACACCCAGAUCAAGAGGAACACGUUUGUCGGCACGCCUUUCUGGAUGGCUCCGGAGGUCAUUAAGCAGUCAGCCUAUGAUUUUAAGGCUGACAUCUGGUCUCUGGGAAUCACUGCCAUUGAGUUGGCCAAAGGGGAGCCCCCCAACUCUGAUCUCCACCCCAUGAGAGUCCUCUUCCUCAUCCCCAAAAACACUCCACCCACACUGGAAGGCCCUUACAGCAAACCCUUCAAAGAGUUUGUGGAGGCCUGUCUAAAUAAAGAUCCUCGUUUUAGGCCAACCGCCAAAGAGCUCCUGAAGCACAAGUUCAUCACGCGUUACACCAAGAAGACGGCCUAUCUGACCGAGCUGAUCGACCGCUACCGCCGCUGGAAAUCGGAGGGACACGGGGAGGAAUCCAGCUCCGAUGACUCAGACAUGGAUGCUGACGGUGACGUAGAUCAGUGUCCCGUGUGGACCUUCCCCACAGUCCGACCCACCUCUAUGAACAAGUUACAGAAGGGCUACACACACACAGAUUCAGAGUCAGGAGAUUCUGUGAAAAGGCAGCCCAAGUCACAAAGCUUGUCUGCCUUGGUAACACCCAUCUUCAGAGAGUUGAAGGAGAAGCGGCGGGCGAGUGGCGGCGGUGUGGGAGCCAUUGAGGAGCUGGAGAACGCCUUCAACCUGGCUGAGGAGUCGUGUCCGGGCAUCUCAGACCGCCUGGUCUCACACAUGAUGGAGAGAGUGUGCAGGUUUUCUUUAAACGGUAACACCACCCCGUCUUCGCGGUGAAACCCCCAGCUGGAUGUAACUUGACCCCGUCCCCGUUUUUUUCUGCCUCCCGUACCCACCCAGCUUCUCAGAUAAGGACCACAGAUGAACCCCCGCCCGCCCCCGGACCCUCGUACCUUUGCGCCCCUCCCAGUCCUGUCCCUCUGAAGAGAUCUUUUAAUUAGUUAUAAUUAAAUAUUUUUACAGUUUUUCUUUAAGAGCGGAGAGUAUUUAAGACAAAAAAGCCAUGACAUUUAGAGCGUUGUGUACACCUGUUAGAGUGAGAAGAAAACAACAAUAAUAAAGUCUAUGGAAAACGG